AUGAUAAUUGGAUUGUUUACAUUAUUCCUUUGUCUAUUCUUUGUAUCCCCAGUGUCAUCACAUGACGUUGAAUCCUUUUCAUUUGAUGGCUAUGAUUUCUUCGACGAUAUAAUGAGUCUCAACGAUGCAACCACUGAUGAUGAAGCACUUGACUCUUUCAUUGGGCUAUUUGAAUCUGAAAAUGAGCCCGACUUCAUUCUCAACGACGAAGGUUUAUUUAGUUGGGUAGGUGAUAGAUUUAAUGAAGCAAAAGAAGCUGUAGUUAGCACUGCAAAAAAAGCUGGUGAGGCCAUCAAGACCGGCGUAAAAAAUGUCGUUGAAGCGGGUACCAAAUUUUUAGCCAAGAAUGGUGACAUGAUAGCUGAAGGGUUACAGAAAGUUGGUAAAGUAGCUGGUGUUGUUUCUAAAGUAGCUGGUGUAGUUAGUAAAGUGUCCACAGUUAUAGCUCCAUUUACUGGACCAAUGGCUCCUGCGUUUGCAGCCGUUGGUGCCACAGCUGGUACAAUUUCUGGCGUAGCCAAAACUGUUGAGUUUGGUGCCGAUGUAGCGUCCAGAGCAGUGAAAGUUGGCACCGAGUUCUCAAAAGCUUAUCAAACGACUGGUGGCAGUUUUGCUGAUAAAAUGAAAGCUGGUGCCAAAGAAGGAGGGAAGAAAUUACUGAAAGAAGGGAUAACACUUGGGGCAACAAUAUUAGUGGAUAAAGCAACAGACAAACUCACAGGGAAAUUGAGUGAUAAAAUUGGUGACAAACUGAAAGACGUGAAUUUCAUUGGCAAGUUUGGGAAGAGUGAAAUAGGCAAGAAAGCGUCUGAGGAGAUAGGAAAACACAUUAAAGGAAAAGCAGAAAAGCUUUUCAAAGACCCUGUCAAAAAUGCGUUAAACACUUUGGCACGUCCAUUAGUAGAUAUUGGGCAUGGGUAUUUGGACAAAAAGGCACCCACGUCAGACGCAGUGAAGAAUUACAAAACUAACAAUGCUCGAGACUUACUUAAUAAGAGUAAUUUAGGUAAGAAAAUUGUUGGAGCGUAUGAUAAAACAAGCAAUGUGAUCAAUAGUGUAUCUGAUGGAAUAAAGUCUGUCAAGACUGGCAUAGAAAAUAGUGCGAAGAAAUUUGCUCGAGACCAAAUUUCCAAGACCGAAUUUGGGAAGAAUGCGCUAGACAAGUAUGACAAAGUGAAAACUGGCAUUAAGACCGCCAAGGACUUUGUUAAAGACGUUGGUACAAAAAUAGAAGAUACUAUUUACAACGCCGGCGAUAAGCUCACAAACAAGAUGGUAGGAAAGACAAUCAAGACAGAGAGACAUGCCAAAGAAGAGAUGGACAAAAUGGCGAAGACGUAUGGCGGGUACAAAGCAACAAAGAAAUUUUUAAAAGAAAGAAAAGAGAAGAAAGCCGCAAAGGAGAAAGAAAAAGCAAAGAAGUUAGCAAAGGAGCGUGGAAAAUUACAUAAACAACAAAAGAAGGAAAAAGCAGGAAAGAUGAAAGGUAAGUCAGCGGCCCAAAGAAAACAAUAUAAAAAAUUGCACAGAGAAAAAAUGAACAAACGAAAUGCUAACAUAAGAAGAAAUAACAUGCCAAAGUAUAAUAAACUUCAAAAUAAAGCUAAAAACACAAGAACAAAAACAAAUAAGCCAAAGUCACAGAAAAUACAAAAAGCUCAACAAAGAAAACAGGUGAAAGCAAAUAAACCAAAGGCAAAUAAAUCCAAUCGACCAAACAAGUCCAGUAAAUCGAACAAGUCAAGUGCAUCAAAGAAUUCAAAAAGAAAAUAA